UGGGCGGAGUCUGCGUCCUGCCCUCGCCCCCUCCUCGGAAGCGGACACUCGCUGUCUACAUUCCCCUUAUUUAAUUUUUCAUAUUUCGCAGCGAAAUCCCCCAAUGGAAGGCAAGAUGGACGAUUAAGCCGAACGCGGUCCCCCUGAUUUCACCCUUCAUUUGUCGAUGAACUGAGAGGACCGGAUGAAAUCCAACUGGGGUUUUCUCCGCUUUGCAGGGGAGGUAUCUGUAUCCAGUGGGGAGGAAGGCUUAACCUGGGGGAGAAAGAAUGAAGUUCACCGAACCCUGGGGAGUCCACAGGCUGGCUUUUCUUCUAGAAAAGGCCAUGUCGAGGGAAGCCAAGAUGUGGAAGGGCGACUUGCCAAAGAAGCCCUCCUCACAGGAUACAGAUAUCUCUCCUACUCAGCGGGACGAGGCUGUGUACUGGCUUACGGAGCUCCACAGUAGACUGCAGCUGUACCCAGAAACAUUGGUGUUAGCUGUUAGCAUACUGGACCGUUUCCUUUCUUCCAUCAAGGCCCGUCCAAAGUAUCUGCGCUGCAUUGCCAUUGCCUCCUUUUUUCUGGCUAUGAAGACCUGUGAGGAGGAUGAGUGUGUGCCCUCUCUGAGCAAGUUGGUUUCUUCCUGCAACUGUGGCUGUUCCCCAUCAGAGAUCCUGAGGAUGGAAAGAAUUAUUCUUGACAAACUGAACUGGGAUCUGCACAAUGCCACGUCGCUGCACUUUCUGCACAUAUUCCAUGCAAUGGUGUUGUCAUGUUCUUCUGGGCUUUUGGACACCUUGAUGGGACUGAAGCGAUCUCAGCACCUCGCCCUCCUCACGCGCCGACUCUACCACUGCUUGGCGGAUCACAAACUCAUCAAGCUGAGAGGAUCCAUGCUGGCCUUGGCCAUCCUCACUUUGGAGCUGGAGACGUGCUGUCGUGACUGGCUGGCUCUCACCAUCGAGCUGCUAAAGAAGGCACAGAUCGACACUUCUGAGUUGAUCCGGAGUCGAGAGCUUGUUGCUUGUAGUCUUUCUGCACUGAGAGCGCCCUUGCUUCCAAACACCGUCUACAUCUACCAAGCCUAUCGCAGCCAGGACUCUCUGGGGCGCGUGGCCACCUCCACACAGUCUUCCUCCCCAGCUGGAGAGGAGGGAGGAUGCCAGCAGCCCUGUGGCUCUCUCCUCUCCUCCAACCACAGCAGCCUCCCAGCUCCUCCCAAACCUUUCUAUCACCUUCACCACCUGCAACGGCUCACGCUGCGCUGCAAGAGCUCCACAAAGCGAAAGGUGGAGGAGAUGGAGGUGGAUGAUUUCUAUGAUGGCAUCAAGCGCUUGUACAACGAAGACAACACCACCACCCUUGCCCAGGAGGGGGCGCCAUUUGUGAGGGGGGCAACAACAACAACAACACCACCACCACCACCACCAGCAGGUGAAAGAGAGGGAGGUCGCUCCUCCCCCUGCCCGCCGCUGCAGCCAGUCUGUGCCUCCUAAAGCGGCCGUGCUCGUCUUAACCAUCUCGUCGCUCACGUUAGUCGACAUUGUCAGACAUUCGGCGUUGACAUGGUCAACAAAUGUAACCUCUGACAUAGAAAAUGUGACGUGGAUGGUUUUGGUCGGCACACAUCUGUUUUGUGUUUAGACCUGAGCGUCCAUCAGACCCUUCAGCCAGAAAACAAGAGCAACAAAAAUAAUUAAAACCUUCUAUUCUUUCUGCGUUACAGUUGACACAAAUACAAAAAAAGUAAAUAAACAUAAAAAACAUCUCCAAAAAAAAAAAAAAGUAGAACCAUUCAGAUUCAUGUUUGUCAACUUUUAUUUGUUAAUUUAUUGUCGUUUGUUUCCUCUUCCUUAAUAGCAAGCUGGAUAUUUAAAUGCAUUUUUGCUUUUUUCCCCCUUCAAAGAUGUGGUCCGUCUUACAUUUCCUUCAUCAGCAAGUUCAUCGAACUUUUUUUAGGGGUUUUUUGUUAGGUUUAAAGUGGACAAAUAAUAUAGUUUAGUCCUAAUCCGAACCACUGCAAAAACCCUCCAAGUGCACCUUUAAGCACAAACUACUUGAGUUCAUCAAGCAGUUCUGCACUGGAGCGCCACCUAGUGAAGGAAAAUAACACCUUUAUGGUAAGUUUAAAAAUAUCAAAGAAGAGAACAAAAGAGAAAAUGUUAAAGAAUACAUUUGUAUUUGAGCAAAUGAAACCUCCUGGCCUCAGAUUGGUUGUGGAUUAAUCUUCCCACAUAGGGUUGGUUAGUUAGGGUUUUUUGAUGACAAUAGGGGUACAAAGUAAAUUGCCAAGCAACAGCCCCAAAACCCUUCCGAAUUUGCAUGCACGUAUUUACCUCACUCAUGUACAAAUUAAUCUAUAACUGUUUAGAUGGGAUUUUGUUGUCGGUAUUCUGUCGUUAGAAUAUGUCUUUGUAAGCCAGUAAAACUGUAGGGUAUCAAAUAUGUAUCCCGCCAAUUAUAUUUACUAACAUAUGUUUUCUAACGUAUGUUGGAGCAAGCGAAUCAGAUUUCUUUGGGAUGUGGUGAACUAGAGGGACUUUGUGUAAUGAACUUUAAGGGCAUUUUAACACCACACAACAGAAAUGUGUGCGCUUCUGUCUUGCUUUAAACACACAAUAUGAAGCAACGAGUGAUAAAUAGUCACUUCUUACAAUAUUCCUGAUCUAGAUGUUUUCAUUCCUGCAAAAAGCUCUUGUUUUACUUCCUGGAGGGGCCUGCUGGAUGCAGCUCCUGGUCCCUGAAUCCACCAUGUGGCACAAACAAAUAAAGACAUGAAAAACAAAAAA